CCCUGGGCCGGGCUCGCCGCGGUCUCGCCGCAGCGCGGGAGUCUGGGAGCCGCCCCCGCGCCCCGGCCUUCCCGCGCCGUCAGGUCGCUGGUGAAGCCACGGCGCGCGCCUCUCCCGGACCCUACAGGGUAAAAGAAUGUCGUAUUUCAAUAUUUGCACCUGAAAUCAGGGUGUACCUGUCAGGCCACAUGGAUGAGUGCCAACCUUUGCAUUUCCGGUGUGUACCCUGUGACCGUUCUGUCUGGGAACAUCCUUCAAAGAGUUCAUGCGUCUUACUGAGGACACCUGACCUUUUGAAGCUUCAUAAUUCACACCUAGAUGUCACCGGUCUUUCCCAUGUUAACAGUUCUGACUAUGUUUUAUUAUAUGUGCCUUCGGCGCCGAGCCAGGACGGCUACCAGAGGAGAAAUAAUGAACAGCCAUAGAACUGUAGAAUCAAACAGCCGGACCUCGCCUCUGAAUGCAGAGGUGGUCCAGUAUGCCAAAGAGGUAGUCGAUUUCAGCUCCCAUUACGGGAGUGAGAACAGCAUGUCUUACACCAUGUGGAACUUAGCAGGUGUCCCAAAUGUGUUUCCGAGCUCUGGCGACUUUACGCAGACAGCUGUGUUUCGAACUUACGGAACGUGGUGGGAUCAGUGUCCCAGCGCACCUGUGCCGUUCGAGAGGACGCCAGCAGAUUUCCAGAGCCAAGACUAUGUGGAACUUGCUUUUGAACAACAGGUAUAUCCUACAGCUGUCCACGUUCUGGAAACCUAUCAUCCUGGAGCAGUCACUAGAAUUCUAGCUUGUUCUGCAAAUCCCUAUUCCCCAGGUCCACUGGCUGAAGUCAGAUGGGAGACUCUUUGGUCAGAGAAACCUACGAAGGUGAAUGCUUCCCAAGCUCGCCAGUUUAAACCUUGUAUUAAGCAGAUAAAUUUUCCUACAAAUCUUAUACGCCUGGAAAUAAAUAGUUCUCUUCUGGAUUACUACACUGAAUUAGAUGCAGUUGUACUACAUGGUACGAAGGACAAGCCCAUGCUUUCUCUCAAGACUUCACUUAUUGACAUGAACGAUCUGGAAGAAGAUGACUAUGAGGAGAAGGAUGAAUGUGAAAUGGACAAUCUGAGUAAAACGUUUAGCAGUACUGCUCUCAGGGAAGGGCCAAGUAAUGGAUAUUUUGAUAAAUUACCCUAUGAGCUCAUUCAGCUGAUUCUGAAUCAUCUUACGCUCCCAGACCUGUGCAGAUUAGCACAGACUUGCAAACUACUGAACCAGCACUGCUGUGAUCCUCUGCAGUACCUCCACCUCAAUCUGCAGCCGUACUGGGCGAAGCUAAAUGACACCUCUCUGGAAUUUCUGCAGGCUCGCUGCACGCUUGUGCAGUGGCUUAAUUUAUCUUGGACCGGCAAUAGGGGAUUCAUCUCUGUUGCGGGAUUUAGCAGGUUUCUGAAGGUCUGCGGAUCUGAAUUAGUGCGCCUUGAAUUAUCCUGCAGCCACUUCCUUAAUGAAACUUGCUUGGAGAUUAUUUCUGAGAUGUGCCCAAAUCUACAGGACUUAAAUCUCUCCUCCUGUGAUAAACUACCACCUCAAGCUUUCAGCCACAUCGCCAAGUUGUACGGCCUGAAACGACUCGUUCUUUAUAGAACAAAAGUAGAGCAAACAGCCCUGCUCAGCAUUUUGAACUUCUGUUCAGACCUUCAGCACCUCAGCUUGGGUAGUUGUGUCAUGAUUGAAGACUAUGAUGUGACAGCUAGCAUGAUAGGAGCCAAGUGUAAAAAACUCCGGACUCUGGAUCUGUGGAGGUGUAAGAACAUCACUGAGAAUGGGAUAGCAGAGCUGGCUUCUGGGUGUCCGCUUCUGGAGGAGCUUGACCUCGGCUGGUGCCCUACCCUGCAGAGCAGCACCGGCUGCUUCGCCAGGCUGGCACGCCAGCUCCCAAACUUGCAGAAACUCUUUCUAACGGCUAACAGGUCGGUGUGUGACACAGACAUCGAAGAACUGGCCUGUAAUUGCACCAGAUUACGCCAGCUGGACAUACUAGGAACUAGAAUGGUAAGCCCGGCAUCCUUAAGAAAACUCCUGGAAUCUUGCAAAGAUCUGUCCUUACUUGACGUGUCCUUCUGUUCUCAGAUCGAUAACAGAGCUGUGCUGGAACUCAGUGCAAGCUUUCCGAAAGUGUUCAUAAAAAAGAGCUUUACUCAGUGACUCCAUAUAUGUCCUGUAAUAAAAUGAAUGUGCUUUUUCAGGGCUUUGUUUCGGGGUUGGUUUUGUUUCGUUUUUAUAGUGGUGGGCAUGUCUUAAUAUCCCAUUAAGACAUUUGUGAAUUUUAAAGAAAAAUGUGGAAUUGUCCCUUAAAUCACUGAAUCAAUGAUUUAAACAAAUGUUUUCACAAAAUAAUGUAAUAAGCACUUUCCUUCAAGAAUAUUUGAGUGGCUCAUAUUAUUUUUAUCUUAUGUUAAUCAGUGGUGUAAUGCUUCGGUCAGUAACUAUACAUGUUUGAUAAAAGUAAUAUGGAAACAUUUUAACUUAUUUUGAAAGGAGCACUUUGGACAAUAAAGUAUCAUGAUAUUUAUGCAAAAAUAAAAUUAAUUUUCCACACCGCCA